UAGUGACCUUUUUGAAAAUCCCUAAUAUUGAGGUUUACAAAAAGAAAGGAUGAGAUUGUCUCAGGAAGCUCUUUUAAACUUAGAUCGGAUUACUGCAGAAUCAGUUGGAGAUUGUCUUUACAAACAAGUUGAGUUCUAUUAUGACCAAGAGGUGAUUGUGUUUUGCAAUGCUGAUUACACAAGGCCAAGCAUUUGUGGUAGGAUUCAAUCUUCAGAGAAAAUUGUCAAAAUGGAUGCUGGUACAAUUUGCGAUGUAUAUUAUCCAAUCAAUAGUUACUCUCAAUUUAGGAAGGAAAUUCAUCUUGACAAAAUGGAAGAUUAUAUUAGCCGUCUAUCAUUAGCAAUCUAUUUGACUGAUGAUGGUUUCAUCUAUUACAAAUCUACAAAAGUCGUCGAUGUAACGAAUGAGUUAGAUCACAACAUAGACUCUUUCGUAUUAGUUAAUAAUAAGAGACUGGUUGAUUCCAAUGGUGAUAUUAUAUUAGCCAAAGAUGUUUCCAAUCUUGCUGAUUGUUAUCGUACUUGUGCUCAUGAUGAUAUUGAUCUUUGUGAGACUUUUGUCUAUUGUCAAUAUCCAGAUAAACUGUCUUGUUAUACAUCUAAUGUUAUCUAUGCUAAUUUAUCUUUACAAUCGACAGAAGAUGAAUCUUGUAAAAUUUAUUCAAAGAAUCGAUUAUUAGAUUACAUCAAAAUAUCUUCGAGAGAGUUUAAACAAUCGCCUAAUAUCGCUAUUGAUGUUCCACUCGAUGAUUGUGCUUCAAAAUGUAGUUCAUCUGAUGAAUGUUUCUCAUUCCAACAAUGUGGUGGUUCUUGUACUUUGAGUGGAUAUUAUACUGAUGCGGAAACACAGGAAAGUCGGGAUUGUAAUAUUUAUAUUCCGAAAGUUUCUCAACAAUUUAUAUCAACUGGACGGAAAAUUGUUUCUCAAGUUUUUCACACGGAAGUUAAUCUAAAUUUGGAUCAAUGUGCUGCUCUUUGUCAUAGCUGGACAAAUACUGACGAAUCUUGUAAAUCGUUCAACUAUUGUCCUCAAAAUGGUGAAAUAAGCUCAUGUAGCUUAUCAAAAUACUCAAUCAACGAUAAAUCAGUUAAUUCAAUUGAUUCAGGAGUUUGUAAGAAUUAUGAAUACAAAAAUCAACGAUCCAAUGGAGGAAAUAAUUAUGGAAGUGAACAAGUUACCAUCAGAGGAACAAGUGGAGUAGCUGCUUUUGGUAUAAUCAUGUUGUUCGUUACCGUUGGACUUUUGCUUGGAUUUAUUUUCCCAAUGCUUAUCAAUGGAAAACUAAAGGAAAUUAUCACUCAAAAGUUUGUUUCAUCAUCUUCGUCGGAACGAGAAAUCAAUUCAUUCCAUUUUUCGAGACAAAUGGAUUAAACAGAAAAAAAUUAUACGAUUUAAAUUGUAUUUAUGGAACUAACUUCAAAUACUACAUUUGUAUUUACAAUGCUUCCAAAGUGAAUGUUACACGAAAUUUUUUAAAUUUUCCAUAAGGAACCCAUUUUCUAGAUAAUAAAUGUACAAUGAAAUAAUAAAUAACUAUUUGUCAAAAAGACAUUUUACUCAGAGUUACAAUAGAAAAGUACAUAGGACCACUUAAUUAUUUUUUCGUCUGUAGCAAAAACUAGCGUCCAUCAAUUUACAAAAAUCGUGCUUAGGCCAGUUAACAGAUGAUUCAAGACAUUGUAAUGUAGAUCAAUAUACUUUCUAUGGUGAGGAGUAUCACACCAACAUACUUCAUGUAAUAUUGUCAACAAAAUAAAGAAAAGUCUUCACUUGAA